CAGUUGGAAAGCCACACUACAUUCUUUUUUGUUUUUGUUUUAUGUUUGAAAUUUGAACAAAAUUUGCCUUACUGACAUGGAUAACACAGAUAUAACCGAAUUAAAACCCAAAUAUGACUGGGAUGCUAUUGUAGUCGGAGAUUAUCGUUUGGAUCAUUCGGAGAACUUCUUUGCAGCGGCAAACAAAGAGAAUCGAUCAGUUAAUAUUGGAACUUAUGCCUCAACGCCGCUGACGAAGUUGGGUCUAAGGAAUGGCAACUUUUCUUUGAAAGAAAUGGAAAUUACUUCUUUGGAUGAAGUGGAGAUUGUGACUGCAAACGAGGAUUCAAUAACAAACGUUCUUGACGAUAAGUUGCAAAAGGAAGAGGGCCAACUAAGAGACUUCAAUCAAGUAGAGGUGAAGAAUGAGACUAUCGAUGAGCCAUCCGAAAACAAAAUUCGGGGGAUUGAAGAGGAGAAACUGCAAGGAGUCGUUAAAAAUGAACCUCUUAUUCACGACGAUAAGAUGAAAAUCGUAGAAAACAAAACUCAGGAAAUUCAGGCGAAGGAACUGCAACCGAGUUAUACUGAAAGCGAAUCAUCAACUGGCCCAUCACCCAAACCCAAAUUAAAGCUUGAAUGGAGCAUAAUGCAGCCUGCCUCUGCGCCCGUCCAUGCUGCAGUUGCUCAGCCCAAGGCAUAUGGGUUUAAGGAUGUGUACCAGAGCAAGCGGAACUUGGCCUUGCGUCAGCGUGAGGAAGAGGAGCGUAAGGCUCGGGAAUUUCAUAGUCGUCCAAUGCCCAAUUUCAAAAUUUUGCACAAACGCUUGGAAGACGUUCAAGUGGUUCAUCAUAUCACAGUACCGAAAACGCCGGAGACACUGAAGACCUGGUAUGCCGAUGCGGAACGACGAAAGCAAAAGGAACAGCUGCAGCACCAGCAAGAAAAGACCCAACCUCUGCCUAGACAUGCCCUACACCAGCAACGUUCACAUUCCCAGCCCCAGUCCCAGGUGGACGGUAAAAAAACCCAUCAUCUUAAUGUCAAACCAUUCAACUUGCGCAGCGACCAACGAGUUCGGGAUCGUCGGGAAUAUGAUGCAGCUGUGCAAGUUGGCGCAGAGCAGAAAAAGAAAGAGCAAGACGAACAACGGAAGCAACGUGAACUGGAGGAAAUCAAGGAAAUACGCAAAAUGACCGAAUUCAAAGCGCGUCCAAAUCCAUUUAAGUAGUUCUUAGUCAAAGAUGGCAAACAAAAUUACUAUACAAACAAAAUUGUUGAAGAUAAAAAACAAAAACAAAAAAAAAACAUACAUAUAUAUAAAUAAAUCAGAAGAUGGAGUAAGAGCGAGAA